GCGAUGUCUCAGUAUCAUUAGUACCACGUCGACUGCCGAGGGGGUUCUACGUCUCUCGCGCGCAUUUACGAACGUAAACUCGAAACGAAUCAUGAGGACGACUUAUAUAAUUUAAAAGUGUUUUGUGUUGUGUUAAAUAUUUACAAGUGUAACUAUGGCUCUAUUUUUGAGCAUUUUUGUGUGCGCUGUUGCCGGCGUUUUGGGUUUUAACGUGGACAUCCCAUCCAGGGUUGUGUAUACUGGAAACUAUCAAUCAAUGUUUGGUUUUACAGUGCAGUCACAUGUGGAUGGUGAUAGAAAAAUGAUUCUGGUGGGUGCUCCGGAAGACGAUCCAUACCGCGUUGCCGGGGUUCGACGUCCAGGAGCAGUGUACAGGUGCCAGCCCACCAGCAGAGGAUAUCCACCUGAAGACUUCGACAACCCGCUCCAGAUGUGCAACAUCAUGGAGUUUGACAAGAAUAAAAAUAACAACAUGGACAGCGCCCAUCGGCAGAUCGAUCAGAAAUCCAACCAGUGGUUCGGAGCGACGCUCACCAGUACCGGCAGAAAUGGUCCUAUUGUGGCGUGUGCACCCCGCUAUGUCUCCUUCGUGACAGCAAAGCUUAACCAACGAGACCCAGUGGGAAGCUGCUUCGUCGCAAAGACGCCCGAUGCAGUCGACGUAAACGAAUUCUCGCCAUGCAGAAACUGGUUUCGCUCGGACGAGGAUGCAAGUCAUGGUCAACGCAAGACAGGGGUGUGCCAGGCCGGCUUUUCAGCUGCUGUAUCCAAGGAUGGACAACGGCUCUUCAUGGGAGCUCCUGGGAGCUUCUAUUGGCAAGGACGAACAUUAUCGAUAGACAGUAACGCAAGGUUCAACUACUAUAUGCCGAAGGAAGGGCAAUUGAAAUCGCAAACACUCAAUGGUCGACCGGUCCUCAUCUCGACGCCAGAAGCGAGUCCAAAAUACGACGACUCUUACAUGGGAUACUCUGUGACUGUUGGUGACUUUGCUGGCCAGGGUAUACAGGGAGUCGCUGUGGGUGUACCUCGGGGCUCAGAAUUAAGAGGCUUGGUGGUGCUAUACACGUGGGAGUUACAAAACAUUAAAAACAUCAGCGGAUCACAGAUAGGAGCAUACUUUGGCUACAGCUUGGCUAGCGGUGAUAUCGACGGUGAUGGAGCUGAUGAUAUCAUUGUUGGUGCUCCGAUGUUCACAAAGCCUAAGAGUGACGGAUUCGAGCAUGGAAGAAUAUAUGUCGUCUAUCAGGGGAAAAACAGAGCAUUUACGAAGUAUCAUGCAAGAACCGGUGAAGUCUCACGGGGCAGGUUCGGCUUGUCAGUCACUUCCCUGGGUGACAUCAACUACGAUGGCUUUGGAGACAUUGCAGUGGGCGCCCCGUACGGUGGAGAAAACGGUCGAGGUGUGGUUUACAUCUACCACGGCAGCGAGCUCGGUCUCGGAGAGAAGUACUCCCAAGCUAUCACUGCGGAGGAGAUCAGCCCUACACUCUCCACCUUCGGCUUCUCCUUAUCUGGUGGAGUCGAUCUUGAUAACAACAACUACACUGAUCUUGCUGUUGGUGCUUACAAGUCUGACAGUGUCGUCUUUCUCAAAUCGCGACCAGUAGUAAAAGUGAUGGCUGAAGUAAAAUUCAUGGGAGAGAGCAAGCUAAUCUCGCUCACAGAUAAACGGUGCCGCCUGUCGAAUGGGACGCAAGUGGCGUGUGCGCAACUCAUGUUUUGUCUCACUUACACCGGCGUCAACGUCGACCAGCAAAUCAAUUUUGUAAUAACUCUGGAGCUGGACUCCCGUCAGAAGACGAGCAAGCGUCUGUUCCUGAUGGAGAGCAGACAGACCGUGUACCAGACACACAUUCUUCUCACACAGGGACAACAGGAAUGCAAGGAGAUCAUGGUGUAUCUUGAUGAAGAGAUUCGUGACAAGUUGACCCCCAUCGAGGUGAAGCUGACGUACUCGCUGGCCCAGCAGCCGUCUGGUGACGUGGUGCCCCCGGUGCUGGACCAGACGCGCAGCAUCGUGCACACCGACUCGCUCAACAUCCAGAAGAACUGCGGCCCCGACAACGUGUGUGUGCCAGACCUCCGGAUGUACGUCACCACGCCCAUUGUGAACUACGUGCUUGGAUCCGGCGAGAACGUGCACAUUGACGUGAAGGUGGAGAACAGUGCUGAAGAUGCAUUCGAGGCGGCGUACUACCUGCUGGUACCAGCCGGCGUCACCUACGCCAAGAUGGAGAGACUCGACAAGGACAGUGCCGAAACUUCACCAAUAUACUGCUCGAUCAAGAAUCAAGGAAACAGUGGCAACAGCUCCCUAAAAUGUGACCUUGGCAACCCUAUGGCGAGUGGGCAAAGUGUAAACUUCCGCGUGAUACUGGAGGUGGACGCUCGCGUCACUGACCUCAACUUUGACAUGGAGGUGAACUCCACCAACCCGGAGCAAGGCACCACCUACGACAACGUGCGCCAUCUCGCCAUCGGCGUCGUCAUCAGAGCUCAACUGGCCAUCAUUGGAACGUCAGAUCCCCCAGAGCUCCACUACAACGCGUCGCUCUACGAGAGCCAGAGCCUCAAGGACGACACCAAGCUGGGGCCUCAGGUCAUCCACAAGUACAACAUCAAGAACGAUGGACCCUUCACCGUUGAAGAGGCUGAGAUCUAUGUCAUGUGGCCCUACCAGACGCUUGACGGAGAGAACCUACUGUACAUGCUAGUGCAGCCUCAAUGGGUCGGCGAUAUGGUGUGUGAUGUGGCAAGAAACAUCAAUCCUGAGAACCUGUUUGUGCAAAAUCCUUACGCGUUCUUAUUGGCUAAAGAGAAAGAAGCCAUGAUGAACAGUGAAGUCUAUUCAGCUUCUCAAAUUGGUGGAGCAGGAGGCUAUUACGGACAAAAUUAUUGGGAAGAAGGUUUCUCGAGCAGUAAGUUUAACAAUGCAGGUGGAGAAGCUGGUGGCCAAUUUACUAGUCAGUCAGGUGGAGGACAGUAUAGCCAAUCAGGCGGAAGACAGUAUAGUCGAUCGGGUAGUGGACAGUAUGGACAAUCAGGCACUCACACUAGUAGCCAAUCGGGAAGUGGUACGGGGCAGAUUGGGCAAGGAGGCGCUUACUCUUAUAAUCGUACCUGGUCUAGCGAAGAAGGUCUUACUGCUGAAGAAAAGGAAGCUAUUAGGAAGAAUCUUGAAGUCAUAGCAAGAAAUCCCAAUCAAGGCGGCAGAGUCAGUCAAGGUUCUUAUGGACAAACUAAUAACCAAGGACAAACCGUUUAUAGACAAGGUAUUUAUGGACAAAGUCAAGGAGGCUAUGGCCAAAGAGGUUCAGGUCAAGGCCAAGGUAGCUAUAGUCGUGGACAAGGAGGUUAUCAAACUCAAGAAAGCCAAACGCGUUACGGCCAGGGGGUCUACAACCAGGGCGGACAAGUUUUCGAAGGAGGAUAUGAUCAAGAUGGAAGAAUAGUACGAGUGAAGAACCGAACUAUAAUUUACGAUGGGAACCAUAACGUGGUGUCAGAAACUGAAAGCAGCACGGAAUAUGGAUCCCUGGGUCACGAAGGAGACGCUGGCAGUUCUUUUAAUACGUAUUUGAACAAGCAAGGUAACCAAAACUUUGGAUCAAACCAAGGUUUCGUCCACGGCUCAUGGGCGACCACAGAAACUGUGAACCCAGACAUCAUGAACGCUGGCUCCAAUGCAUUCAGAGGAUCAGAUAUUACUGUUGUUGGUGAUGAAGAGGAAGACAGACUCGAAGGUUUCGGAGCGUAUGCUGCGCAGAGCUCAAAUAAUGAGUUCAAAGUUGGGAUGGCUGACGUCACGGGAGCAGUUGGCGGGUCUGGUGGUAGAAGCGAUAGUACAGGCAGCAGAGGUUUCCAGAGUGGUUACCUUAGCAACCAGGGUGGAAGCCUGCAGGGUAGUACCGUCCAGAGCGGAAGUAUACAAGGCGGUGUGAGUGGAGGGGCUUACGGCUCCAGCAGUGGAGGAUACUCGUAUUCUUCAAGUUCAGGAAGACGAUCCUAUUCGCACUCUGGAGGCGGUUUCAGCUCUUCAACAGACCAUCGCCGCGAGAGCACGAGACGUCGAAGACAAGACGAGGUGGACCCCCAGCUGAAGGAAAUGCUGGAGCGGUGUGAGGAGAAGUACAAGUGCGAGGUGGUGCGGUGUCGCACGGGGCGCCUGGUCAAGGGACAGGAGGUGUGGCUCGCACUCCGGUCCAGGAUCAACGCGACCGUACUCAACGAGAUAUCCAAAGAGAACGCAGUGAAGCUGUCAACUCUGACAGCUACGCGCGUGUCCCGCCUGCCGAUGGUGGGGCGCCCCAGCGACCGCUCGUGGCAGACUGCGGAGGCGCACACUGUCGUCACGCCGCAGCUGGAGGCUCUGGAGACCGGCACCAUACCGCUCUGGGUCAUCAUCCUCGCAGCUGUGGUCGGCGCCUUGCUGUUACUGCUUCUUAUCUUUGCUCUGUAUAAGUGCGGUUUCUUCAAGCGCAACAGGCCAUCAGACCACGCUGAGCGCCAGCCCCUCAACGGUCGUGACGAGCAUCUUUGAUAUACAAGUACUGAUAUCGGCCUCACAAGCGACACUGCGGACACGUCCGAUCCGCAUCGCGCUCGAGACACGACUGACUCGAGCGACGGACGUGACGUCAGCUAUAGCUCUUCGACUGACGCUGCCAGUGAUGUCACUAGCCAUGACUCGAGCUCAAGUCGCUAUUAAAAUACUUACUAAUGAACUUGUGUGAUUGAUUAGUGAUCAAAAGAGUCAUUAAUGACCUAAGAUACUAACCGUACAUUGAUUUACCUCGUAUUGUGUCUAGCUGAGUGAUGGAUUCUUGAAAUCAAAUCUAACCUAUUUAACUCUAAAUUAACUUAAUGUGUGAAAUAUGAGUGUAUAGUGAAAGUGAUGAAGACUGUACUAAAAUGUGCCUUAUGAAGUUGUGUUAUAAGGUCGCGAAUUUGAAGUCGUAAUAAAUUUUAAUGAUUUUACAUUUGUGUCAUAAAGUAUGGUGAUCGAUAUAUUAUGUACCUAACUUGUUUUUAAUUCGGAUAUUGUAGGAUUCCCUUGUAAAAAUUGAAAGGCAGUAGUUAAAUUAAAAUAUUUCUUACGUUAGACUAUGCAUGUCAUUAGAAAUUUUGAAAAAGUAUUAAUAGUAAAUACAGUCGCGCACAAUUAUUGAUUUGAUUAAUUAAAAUAUAAUUCUAUUAAGUUUCAAAUAAUGUAAUAUUGGCAGAUCUGUAAUAAAUAGGUACCCUGGAGAUUCUUUAAAUAUUUCUUAAAGAUGCAAUAUUUAUAUAGAAGAGAUAUUUUAGGAAUAUUUUCGAUGUAUAAAUUAUACUAACGUAACUAGUCACGAUAAAAGAAGAUCACUUUUGGAUGUAAGUGCAAACUAUUAAGAGCAGUGGUGUUGUUCAAUAAUGUGAUCUGUAUUUAAAGUAGUUAGGUAUAUUUUUGCUUAAGUUGGAUAAUUUAAUACUUAAUUCUUCUUCGACAGAUUCGACACUAAAUCUAAUUAGACUAAUGUAAAUAAUAAAUUUAAUUUUCAUACGAUAAUUGUUUUAUAUUAUUUGCAUAAAAUUUUAGAGUACCGAUUUCUAUUGUUGUUUUGUACUAAAUUAUUAUUGGAUAACUAAAAUUAUAGUGUUAAGCACUAAAAUUUUAAUCGUUACUCUUACUAGUAGCUGUGUAGAUUAAUGACUAUGGACCUGUGAAAUGUAUGUAUGAUACCGCAAUUAUUAUUUAUUUAUUGUAGCUAUAUAUUGAAAUAUUUGGUAGGCAUUGAUAUAAUAAUAGUAAUAUAAGUACAUUGCAGUAACUAUUGAAAAAUGUACUUAUUAAUACAAAAUUAUUAAUAACUCGAAAUAAAGUCUUAUAAAAUUUUAAUAGGAACAAUAUAAUUUUGUACACGAUUGUACAAAUAAUUUUAAAAAGAAACAAAAACUAUAAUCAACUACGCAAACAAGUGCCUUGCUUACAUAUCCAGAAUAAUCACUUUUCUGAGCAUGUAAAAAAAAUGAUUUUUAUACAUAUUAUAUUUUUACCUCUAAGUAUCUAUAAAUUGUAACUUAUAUACUUCUAUGAUAAUAUUUCUGCUAUUACAUUUUUAUAUUAUUAAUUAAUAAAUUUAUAAAAAUGAGUGCCUUCUAAAAACUGCCAUUAUUAUCAUAGAGUUUUUGAUUUUUUUUUUUAAUUAAAAUAUUGCACAGAUGUACGUAUAAGUACUUAAUAAUAUUAAGGAAACGGUAUAUAUAUAUAGUCUAUGUUUUAAAAAGUUAUAUUUUCGUGUAAAUAGUAUUUAACUUCUUGAAUUGUAGAGACCUUAUCAAAUAGUUUAUUAUUAGAAUACGUUUCACAGCCCCCUUUUUCUUAAUGUAUAUUCAUUUAUUUACUUUUUUAUCUUUAAAUAUCUUACACUAACCAGCUUUAAAAUUAAAUUCGUCAACGAUCCCAAAUUGUUAUACAUAAUGGUAUAUUAACUAAAGAAAGUAAAAUUAUCAACAUAAGAAUUGGAAAAUAAUCGUUGAUAAUAAAAUAUCCUAUUUUCUGAGUACAGCGUAGUCUUAGUAAAGUAAUUGUUAUUUUAUUAUAAAUAUUUAUUUUAACUUAAUUAAUUCCGCUUCUACUUAUAAGAUCAAACACUAAACAUCUUUAUUGAAUGACUGAUGUGUGUAGAACUCUUUGGAUGUGUGGGUAAUUGCAUUUACCAAAAAGUGUAAUAAAAGUUUUGUUUUUUAAUCGA